UCUCACAUCAACAUUUCAAUAUCUUUAAAUGCUUCUGACAGCUUCAGAUGUCGUCUCCAGAGAGGCUGCGGGAAGACUUCUCAAGCAGCAGCCUGGAAAACACCACGGCCGCUCAGGACUGGACCCAGGCGUACGAGGCGGUGCGCUGGAUCCAGCUCACCGUGGCUCUGCUCAGUGUUCUGGGCUCAGGAUCCAUCAUCGUCUCUGUGAUGCUGGAGAGACUCAGCCGCCGGACCGAGCUGCAGCCUCUCCUCCUGCUCAGUGUCUCCGACCUGCUGCUCGCUCUCUGCUGGAUCAUCGGUGCGUCGCUCUACUCCAGAAACUACAGCGCACACACACUCUGCUACCACCUGCACACUGUGGCGCAGGUUCUGUACAUGGCGUCCUUCUUCUACACGCUCAACUACGUGUUCAACCUGUACCGAGGGAUCAGAGAGCAGCACGACAGCUGCAGGGACGGAUACGUGCAGUUUUCCAACAGAGUGAGCACUGCUGGUAAGAUCACUGCGGUGCUGUCAGGGCUGUCUCCUGUGCUGCUGAUGACGCCUGUGUUCAUACAAGGAUCCCUCAGCCAAUGUGAAACCAACUUCACCGAGCCCUACAGGUGUCUUCUGAUGCACACCGGAGCGCUGUUCGUCACCUCAGAGCAGCAGCCAAUCAGAGCCUGCCGUCUGCUGCACACCUACCGCAGCGCGCUCUUCCUCGCCUCCUUCGUCCUCACCCUGCUCAGCAUCAUAGUGCUGGUGCCGAAGUCCCGGCGUCUCUACCGGCGCGUGGUGACCUCUGCAGGUUACCUAGGUAACCAGCAGAGGGCGUGCGUCCACCUGAUGGAGCGGCGCAUGCUGCUGUUCCCCCUGGUGUUCCUGCUCUGCUGGGGGCCAGCGGUGUGUCUGGUGUGUGUCCGGAUGGUGAGUCCUGCAGCCGGUCAGGGGGUCGUCCGGGUCGUCCUCUACAUCUCUGAGGCCUUCAGCUCGCCCUCUCAGGGUUUCCUCAACUGUCUUCUGUACGGCUGGACUCAAGCUCGUCUGCGCCGCGGGGGGACGAGCGUCUUCUGUCGAGACGUGGACACCCAGACGCCUCUGCUGAGAUCUCAGAAGAAGAGAAGCUACCAGACCCUGAGAGACCUCUGAGGCAGGAAGUGAGAGUGGAGAGGAUGGUUUCUCUGAGAGGGAAAGCCCGCGGCUCGCAGCGACACCACGCUCCCUCUCAUCCUGAAACACUGAGGCGAGGCAAAGAGGAAGAGGGAGACGCUGGGGGGGAAACACCCACGCAGAAAACAGGAUCUGAAAAAGACCUCACAGGUGCUUCAAACUGUCACCGGACCGCUGUUUCAGACCCUCUGACACACAAGGCCACUUUAUUUAUAGAGCACCUUUCAACACGAGGCAUUCAAAGGGCUUUAGAAAAGUGAAAGACAAAUGCAUCAUUCAUCUCUUCUCUUUUCUGAGAUGAAUGUAUGUGUAUGCAUGGUCCUUGUUGAAAUACAUACAUAUAAAGACAUUAAGAGCAUAAAACCAUUAAAUCGUGAAUACAUGAAAGGUACAGUGCAGUGUGAGAUGUGAGAUGUGAAUAGUUCAGUUAAAAGCAAAAAGCAAAGUCUUCAGCCUGGAUUUCAAAGCAGUCGGAGUCUCAGCCGAACGGCAGGUUUCUGAGAGUUUGUUCCAGAGAUUUGGAAAUAUCUCAAAUCAGAUUCUCCCAUUCCUCUAGCCCUAGUCUUCCUGUGAAAUUAGAGUUAUUUUGACGCUUUUCUAACCUUUUUAGAGAGAGAUCAAAACAAAGCGGUAACUCUGCAGUCUGUAAACAGGGCAACACAAACAGAGAAUAUUCUAUUCAAAGAUUCAAAGGUUUUAUUGUCAUAUGAACAUAAGCUCCAGUUUAGAAAUGGCAAUGAAACUCUUCUGACCUGAGCUCCUCCAAACAACGCAACAUGUAUAAUCAAAAACAAAGUCCAUGUACAUGUCAAUAUGUGGAGUUAGUAAUAGUUUUAGUAAACAAACACAAGGCAGCUUUACGUCCACGGCACAUUUCAACAACAAGAGCUCUUUCAAAAAGCUCCAACAUAGAAAGCAGAAGUCAGUCUGUUGGAGGAGAAACAGGCUCGUGUGUUUCCCGAGAGACGGACUCAUCGUUUUUUACAUUUUGCAAAUAAAAAAUAUCUGAAAAAUC